GGACAACUCCAAACACAGACACCCAUGUUCUUCAUCUCUUACAGCAUACACAAAAAUAUAUAAAUUAUAAUUUUCAUCCCUUAUUUUCCUCUUUUUGUUCUUCUCUUCCUCUUAAAGCCCAAAUAAAUACUUUCCUUAAAAAUAAAAAUAAAAUUCUUCCUCUCUCUCUCUCUCUCUCUUACAAUUUUGGGUGUACUGAUAUGAUUCCUUAUGGAUGUACCAAUUGAGAUAUGUGCUUACUAGCUUUUAUAAGAUACUUUUGUUCCUGUUUGUGGGUAUUUUCUUUUUUAACUUUUUCACAAUAUUUCCAUGUAAAUUUGCUGAAAUUUUGAAGAAAAUAUGAAUCUUGGUGUUGGGUCAGUGGUGAAAACUAUGUCUGGUGCUAGUUGUAGUGUUUCUUGGAAGUCAAAUGAUAAUAACCAGUUUCCAGCAGGUUUAAGAGUACUUGUUGUAGAUGAUGAUCCUACUUGUCUUAGGAUCUUGGAAAAGAUGCUUAGGAAUUGCCACUAUGAAGUCACCAAGUCUAAUCGAGCAGAGAUUGCAUUAUCAUUGCUCCGGGAAAACAGAAAUGGUUUCGACAUUGUUAUCAGUGACGUCCACAUGCCAGAUAUGGAUGGUUUCAAACUUCUUGAGCAUGUUGGUCUGGAAAUGGACCUGCCUGUUAUAAUGAUGUCUGCGGAUGACAGUAAAGAUGUCGUUAUGAAAGGUGUUACUCAUGGUGCAUGUGAUUAUCUGAUCAAACCGGUGCGUAUUGAGGCAUUGAAGAACAUUUGGCAGCAUGUGAUUCGUAAAAAGAAGCAUGAGCGGAAGGACAAAGAUUUUGAUCAAUCAGCAACCGCGGAAGAGGGAGAUCGACAACAGAAACCACCAGAAGAUCUUGAUUAUUCAUCUUCAGCUAAUGAAGGAGGGAACUGGAAAAGCUCAAAGAGAAGAAAGGAGGAGGAAGAUGAAACUGAAGAAAGGGAUGACUCGUCCUCGUUGAAGAAGCCCCGUGUGGUUUGGUCGGUGGAGCUUCAUCAACAGUUUGUACAAGCUGUCAAUCAACUUGGAAUUGACAAGGCUGUUCCCAAGAAAAUUCUCGAACUGAUGAAUGUUCCUGGGCUAACCAGAGAAAACGUUGCUAGUCACCUUCAGAAAUACCGGCUGUAUCUCAGGAGGUUGAGCGGUGUAUCACAGCAUCCGAGUGGACUAAAUAACUCUUUCAUGGGGCACCCGGAAGCAACAUAUGGAAUGUCUUCUUUCAAUGGGCUUGAGCUUCAAGCUUUAGCUGCCACCGGUCAACUACCUGCGCAAAGUCUUGCUACCCUCCAAGCGGCUGCACUGGGUAGGUCUGCAACAAAAGGUGCUACUAUAUCUAUGCCUCUAGUAGAUCAAAGAAACCUUUUCAGCUUUGAAAAUCCCAAGUUGAGAUUUCCCGAGGGACAGCAACAACUAAAUAAUAGCAACAAGCAAAUUAACUUGCUUCACGGGAUACCAACAACCAUGGAACCAAAGCAGCUUGCAGAUUUGCACCAGUCCUCGCACUCACCGUCCUUUGUGGCUAUGAAUAUGCAAGGGAACUCCAGAGUGCAGCAAAAUAACGCUCUACUGAUGCAUAUGUCUCAACAACAACAACAACCGUCUAGGGCUCAAAUGCUAAAUGAAACCAAUAAUGUUAGCCAAGUUUCGCGGCCUCCAUUGUCCAUGUCACAACAACCUUUGUCGUCAAAUGGUAUACCUGGUGCAGUCUUAUCACGGAGUGGUGGUAUUGUUGCCAAUGUACGAGGGCCUGUAUACAGUCCAGUCUCCCAAGCAUCUCCUAUGGUAGAUUUCUCGCUGAACCAAAACACAGAGUUGCAAAACAACAGCUUUCCUCUUGUGAGUAGUAAUUCGGGGAUGUCAACUAUGACAUCCAAAAGAAUGCUUCAGGAAGAGGUUAACUCUGAUAUUAAGCGAUCUAGAGGAUUCCCUUCUGGUUAUAAUAUGUUUGAUGAACUGCAUCAGCAAAAAUCACAAGAUUGGGGUUUAUCAAGUGUUGGAUCAACCUUCGACGCCUCUCAUCAUUCAACUAUACCAGGAACUCUAGAUAUCUCACCGUCCAUGUUAGUUCAACAAGGUAUUUCUUCAAUGAAGAGGAAUGGACAAAAUGGGAUUUCUCCUAUAAGCGACGCUUUCUCUAGCAGGGAAGAAAGUGGAAAUGUUAAUCCUAUGGGUGGAAAUUUGCUUACUGUUAAAGCUGAACAACUUCAUGAUGCGAGCUACCAAAGUAGCUUUUUUCCAGGCCAAUUUGGACAGGAUGACCUCAUGAGUGCCCUUCUGAAGCAGCAAGAAAGUGUUGGACCAGUUGAAACCGAGUUUGGCUUUGAUGGAUAUGCACUGGACAAUCUUCCUGUGUAAGAUGUGAAAAGAGUUUAGGUUACAGUAGCUUACACUGUGAACAUAUAUUUCAGAGUCACUACUGUACAUAGUUGUCUCUACAGCUGAAAAAUGACUUCUGGGAAACCAAAACGCUGGAGUUCAGCUCGCUGCUCAAUUCUUGAUGUUGGAUUCUCGUUUUGGCUGCAUCGUCUGGUCUGAUUCUUGAUUCUUGUGGAAUUAGAGCAAACAUUGCACUGGAGUCGGAUGACAAGUAUGAAGGGUAAUUGUGUAUGAUACUUCUGCAUGAUAUGCAAAGGCGUACGUGCAAAGUUUUGACUGCUAUAUAGCUAGGUUAUUUUAGAACAAUUGCACAUCCUAGAAGUAAUUUGUGGAAGGUGUCCUGUUUGUGAGGUGCAACGCGGUGGUGUAGGGAUUCUCUUGAAUGGUCGGAUUUCUUUACUAACUGAAAUAACCCGAUUUUAUGUUACAUAUUUUACUUUCAGAAAUUGAUCUUGAUGAAUGUACAGAUUAAUUUGGAUUGCCAUAGAGUGCAACUCUCUGGGAUUCUUUUAGUUGCUCAAUUAACUUAUAUUCUUUUGCUUGCUUUCA